GUAACAGAUGGCAGCCCAAGUUGCUUCUUCUUCUUGCUUCUAAUUUGUAUGAUCUGUUUGCAGAACUCUUGGAAACUCUGCAUAAAUUUGAAAACUCAACCAGUCGUCACACAUCUCCGCUCUAAACGGAAAUGGCGGCAGCCAUGGUUGCAUUACACUCGCCAAAACCAACCCUGCUGCAGAGCCCAUCAUCAUCUUCUUCAUCACUGAAUGAGUUAACUCCCAGCUUCUAUCUCGGGUCGCCAUUAAAGGGCAUCUCUUUACAGGCGCAACCCAUAAGAGGCGGAGGGAGGAGACGCCGUGUUGGGUCGGCAGCGAUCUCCGCCGUUUCCGGAAGCUCUGCCGCAAAGAGCGGCGGCGGUGGUGAUGGAGGGAGGUUUUAUAUUAAUUUUACUGGAUUCCCUUUCCCUCUGGGGCCGUUCCUCAACCGGGUCACCAUUAGGACUGAGGUGGUGAAAGACUCUAUAUGGUUGUUUGAACAGGAACAAGCACUUGGCUUCAUCAGUGUCUCAACUAACAUCAGAAUGACUGUAAUCAAACUUAAAUCGGGCAGGUUAUGGAUUCACGCACCAAUUGCUCCAACUAAGGAGUGCAUCCAGCUUGUGAAAGAGUUGGGAUAUCCCGUGGAAUAUAUUGUGUUGCCUACAUUUGCAUAUGAACACAAAAUAUUCGUUGGCCCAUUCUCCAGAAAGUUUCCACGUGCUCAAGUAUGGGUGGCUCCAAGGCAAUGGAGUUGGCCUUUAAAUCUUCCGCUUGAGUUUUUUGGGAUAUUCAAUGCCAAACCCUUACAAGAUGGAGACCUGUCCACUCCGUGGGCUGAUGAAAUUGAGCAGAAAGUUCUUAGUUCUCCAGAAGUUGGUAUUGGACCUUAUGUGGAGGUGGCAUUCUAUCAUAAGCGUUCACAGACACUAUUAGUGACAGAUGCUGUAAUAUUUGUUCCUAGGAGUCCUCCUGAGUGUAUUAGCAAGGAGUCUCUACUCAAAUCUGCAAAGAAUGGUGUGGCUGUCAAAAUCCUCAGUAAGGGGAAGCAAGUCCCAGAUGAGCCUAUUGUCGACACCAAGAUGAACCGGCAGAAAGGAUGGGAAAGGAUGGUUCUUCAGAUACUGUUCCUGGGACCGUCAAAUCUUCUAGAGCCAAACACUAGCUUUGCUCAAGUAUCACAGAAACUUAUUGUUUCACCCAUUGUGAAGACAUUGGUAUUCAGCAAAGUUCCUGAGAAGGUUAGAGAUUGGGUGGACAGCAUAGUGCAUGACUGGAGGUUCAAGAGAAUAAUCUCAGCUCAUUUCUCCGCGCCGAUCAAUGCAAGGGGAUCAGACUUGUUAGCCGCGUUUGCGUUCCUAGACGAUCUGCUAGGUGCCCCAAGGAGACCGAUGUCUUUCUCCCUUUUCUUGACAUCACUGUUAGGGAAAGCAUCAAGCUAUUUUCCUCCCGAUGAUAUGAGGACUCUGUCAUCCCUUGAUGACUUCUUGGUCUCCAUUGGAGCUGUUAAGAGAACCAUCUCUGGCCGAAAACAAUGAUUCACUGUGUUGUACAUUUUUACCCAAAAUGCAAAACAAUUCCUCCCUGUGAAUUUACAUUGAUAAUGGAGCAGUUUGUUUAGUGAAAAAAAAAAGCUAGGGGGACACUAAGCUUGUGCCCUAACUUGCACACUUAUGUGUCAUUGACAUACACAUAUAACAAUUGUUGUAUGUGUGUGCGUAAUAUAUUUGGUGUGCAAGACGGGGCACGAAUUCGGUAAACGAGAAAUAACUUGCUGAAGUUAGA